AUGGAACACGCUGUUGACGAGUCUGAGUGGCCGCCGCGAAAGCGACUCAGGACGUCGCAUGCAUGUGAUGCUUGUCGUACCCGCAAAACAAGGUGUGAUGGGAAUAAUCCUUGCGCGACUUGUGCAGCGAUCGGCCAUGAUUGUACAUAUGGAUCUGAAGCGAAUUCGAGGAGUAAGAAUGAUUUGAUCUUGGAGAGUGUCCUCAGAGUUGAGAGGACAUUACAUGAGCUUCGCUCUACUAUUCCGGCCAAUAUCCAAAUAGCCUGCCAACAACAAGCCAUCAACUCUCCCCAAACACACCGCACAAACUCCUUCUCAGGCUCAUCGCCAGACCUCAACCUCCGUCGUCAAAGCCACGCCAUCCAAACACCAACCAGCCAAGAUAACCGUGAGAAUGUCAAUAACUUCGAAAAUGCAGUCUUGGACUCGAUGCACACCUCCACAACUGAGUCGAUACUCCAAUGGCCUCACUUCGACGUCUUUCCCCUUCUCCGUCACGAUGGAGAGUCAAUCUUUUAUCUCGAACAAUCACGACCACCUUUGAGUGUCGCAGCAAAUCCAAUGUAUCCUUACGUUGACUCGGAAGACAUCACCUCAAUGCUGGAAGCAUUUGAGCGGAAUGUGAAUUUUUGGUAUCCUUCCAUGUCGCAGGAACAGCUUGGCAGUAUCCGGGCGACACUUCAAACUGGGAUGCCUGCUGAGGAUACGGUACACUCAUGCCUUUGUUUGCUAACGUUGGCUCUGGGCUGUGCGAGUCAAGCUGCUGAGGACAUGCGCUUCACGACAGAGCCUGAUGCUGGUGAGAAGGACAGAAGGUUGAGGAAGAGGAAGUUGGGAGAUAUUUAUUUCCAACUGGCGCUGAAGAAACUUCACGUCGUUCACCUACAGGUCGAUUCGCAGAGCACUCAAUGUCUCUUCUUCACUGCUCUUUACUUCGCGUCAUUGGUCAGACCACUUCAAGCUUGGGAAUACCUCAGCGCCACGGCGACUCGAUGCAUGCUUUUACUGUCAUAUCCCCCCAACAAGCACGAUACCGACUCUGAAGAACGGAUUCGAAGAAUAUUUUGGUCUUGCUACAUAUUGGAAAGUGACUACAUGGCCGAGCUAUCAGCAUGUCCUCCUUCUGGCAUCGCCCGAGUCGAAUCUUCUGUUCCUCUCCCAAGUUCCUACAACACCCAUACAUCCGACAUAGUCGAAGAAGAAUCUUCUCUCUACUUCCUCGCCUGCAUCAGCAUGCGCCGCUUGCUGAAUAGAGUCCACCAACUCUUAUACGCGCGAGAUACAGGUGCUGCAUUCGACCACACCCGCUUCCCUCGAAUCGUGGCCGAACUCCAGCGCCAAUUAGAUGACUGGCGCGAUGUACUUCCAGCUUCCUUCUCGUUCAGUGUCGAUACAGAAGAGGUAGCUACUGCUGCUGGAGGAUUCCUAAGGCAACGAUAUCUUACCUGCAAGGGAGUCAUCUAUCGACCGUAUUUGAUGUGGAUGCUGAGCAGUAGCUAUGAAGAUACGAGGACUUCGACUUCGGCUGUCACACCUGCUAUCCCGGACGUUAUGAAUAAGUGCAAGUUAUGUCUUGACGCGUGUCUAUUGCAUGCUUUGGAUCUUAGGGGUUUUUCACAAACGGUUCUUAUCGACACGUGGAUCUGUUCACUAUCUAUGUCUGGUGCCAUGCUUAUCAUACUUGCUGCAUCUCAUAUACCCGCGUUGAAAGAGUUCAUUGGUACGCGUGCGACACUGGUGGGAAGCCAUCUGGAGAAGUUGUUCCGAAAUUGGAGAGACGUGUCGUUUGGGGGAGACUCACCGAGCGUGGACCGGACAUUUCACUCGCUCCGAUCACCUCUCAUGCGGUGGUUCUUACUGAGCUAUUUGGCGGCUAUUUAA